GCGAUCUCAGUCUGAAACGACAACGGCAACAGUUCAUAACAUAGCGCGCGUAAAACAAAACGCAAAUCGAAAAUAAAACGGAAAAUUGUUCGCUCAAGUUGCAGUUCUUCAACCGUCCCCACGAAUCCAAUCGAAUCUCAAAACUCAAACAAAAUGAGCUGCGGAAUCUCCAUGGUUAAAUAUAUAUUAUUUAUAUUCAAUUUGCUCUGUUCGAUAUGCGGCAUCUUGUUGAUUGUUUUUGGUGCGUUGCUCUUCAGCAACAUUCAUAAUAUCGAUGAUUUUACCGAAGCAUUGCGCACCCAACAGGUGCCAAUAACAAUGAUUGUGCUGGGCACCGUUAUAUUGUUGAUCUCUUGGUUUGGCUGCUGUGGCGCCAUACGCGAAUCCUACUGCAUGUCCAUGACGUACUCAAUUCUGCUGUUCGUGCUGAUGAUUGGCCAGCUGACGCUGGUGGUCUAUAUGUGGCUGCAAAAGGACAAAUAUCUCGUGAUCAUGGGCGAUGUUGUGGAGAAGGCCUGGGAGCGUCGAACACGCCGUGCCGACUACAUGGAUGCCAUACAGAUUAGUAUGGAGUGCUGUGGCCGCAGCAGCUUUGCAGACUAUGCCUUCCAGGGCUAUUUCCCGCCCUCGUGCUGCAAGGACACCAACAAUUGUCGCCAGGAAACGGUCUAUCGACGCGGCUGCAAGCAGGCCUUUGUCCAGUUCUGGGACAGAAACAGCGACAUUAUCAAAUACACCGGCCUGGUCAUUGCCGCCAUUGAGUUUGUUGGCUUCGUUUUUGCCUGCUGCUUGGCGAACAGCAUCCGGAACUAUCGACGUCGCGCCGACUAUUAAUUGACUCCAGUCUUUCUGAGUCCCCGACUUGAGGCCUUACUAAUUUUAAUGCAAACCGAAAGUACGAAUUAUGUUGCCCAAUUUUAUACAAAACAAUUAUAUAUAUAUAUAUUAGUAACUGAUAAAUUGACGAUUCAGUUGGCCAUUCAACUCCCCUUUCUUCUGAUUGCGCACUUUUUUGUUAAUCAAAAAAAAAAUUGUUUUAAGAUUUAUUUACAAUAACAUCCGCACUCUGUUCAUAUUCAUUAG